AAGGUGUCAUAAUUUUCAGGUGGUUGUUGCGGCUCGACGAAGCGCAUCACGACGGUGGGAGGAUGGUCGUGGGCCUGGUGGUGCGUCACCGACGUCCAGCGCCUGUCGCUGUCGGUGAUGACGCUGAAUCCGCACUGCAUCAGCGUCGAGACGUCGCAGGGCGUACCGUUGUCGGUGUCCGGCGUCGCGCAAUGCAAGAUCAUGAAGGCCGACGAGCUGUUGCACACCGCCUCCGAGCAGUUCCUCGGCAAGUCCGUCAAGGACAUCAAGAUGACCAUUUUGCAAACGUUGGAAGGACACUUGAGGGCGAUAUUGGGAACGCUUACAGUCGAAGAAGUGUACCGCGACAGGGACCAAUUCGCCGCGUUGGUGCGGGAAGUCGCCGCCCCGGACGUCGGCCGGAUGGGCAUCGAAAUUCUCUCUUUCACCAUUAAGGACGUCUACGACGAGGUGCAGUAUCUCACGUCCCUGGGCAAGGCCCAGACGGCCAUGGUGAAGAGAGACGCCGACGCCGGCGUCGCCGAGGCCAACAGAGACGCCGGCAUACGGGAAUCUGAAUGCCAGAAACAAGCCAUGGACAUCAAGUAUUCGACUGAUACGAAAAUCGAAGAUAACUCGAGAAUGUUCAAACUGCAAAAAGCUAAUUUCGAUCAGGAAAUCAACACUGCCAAAGCCCAAGCACAACUGGCCUACGAACUGCAGGCGGCGAAGAUCCGCCAGCGCAUCCGAAACGAAGAGAUCCAAAUCGAAGUGGUCGAAAGGAAAAAACAAAUCGAAAUCGAGGCGCAGGAGGUGAUGAGAAAAGAGGGUGAAUUGAACGCGACCGUUCGCCUGCCCGCCGAGGCCGAGAGUUACAAAGUCGAGGUGAUCGCCGAAGGAAAACGAACGCAGAAAGUCAAAAACGCGCAGGCCGAAAGCGAGAAGGUGAAAUUAAUGGGUACCGCCGAAGCCUCUUCUAUAUCGUGCGUAGGUAAGGCUGAAGCCGAACGAAUGAAAUCCAAAGCCGCUGUUUACAAGCAGUACGGAGAAGCUGCCAUUAUGUCUCUCGUUCUCGAAGCAUUACCAAAGAUUGCUGCCGAAGUGGCUUCUCCUCUGGCGAAGACCGAGGAAAUCGUCCUGAUCGGGGGACCGGAUAACACCACGUCGGAUAUCACCCGUUUGGUGGGGCAAAUACCGCCCGCUCUCAACGCCUUGACGGGCGUCGAUUUGUCGAAGACGCUCUCGAAAAUUCCCGGAGCCUCUUACACGCCCAAACCGACGGCCGUUAAAUAA